AUGGCGAUGGCCAAGAAGGCACGGCAGAGAAUAAGUUACGUCUUACCACUUGCGAAUUCUCCGGGCGGACAUAGGUUGGGUGUGAAUGGUUUGGCCGUGGAUAGUGAGCAGUCAAUUUUAUACUCAGGAGGCCGAGAUGGUGCUAUUUGCGCCUGGGAUCUAAAUUUGGAUCUGCGACCGAAAGAGCCCUCCACCGAUAAUCCAUUCGACGAUCCGCCUUCUUCCGAAUCUAAGACGAAGUCUGCGACCACCUUCAGAGCGCAAACUCAAGCUCAUACGCAUUGGGUUAAUGAUAUAGUACUUGCCAAAGAUAACACGGCUCUGGUGAGCGCAUCAAGCGAUUUGACUGUGCGGGUUUGGAGACCUUUGGAGAAGGACAGUGAACCGGUAACAAUUGGUCAGCAUGCGGAUUAUGUUAAAUGCCUCGCCAGUCCUGGCAAUACCGCCAAUUGGGUUGCUUCGGGUGGUCUGGAUCGACGAAUUUGCCUCUGGGAUUUGAAUGGAGGCGGGAAACAACUCGAAAUUGAAGUCGGUGACGAGGACACUUCUGAAAAGGGAUCGGUAUAUGCGUUGAGUACUGGGAGCAAUAUACUGGCAGCUGGAGGACCAGAAUCAAUUGUGCGCUUAUGGGAUUCGAGGACGGGGAAGAGAAUUACAAAGUUUGUGGGCCAUACGGAUAAUGUUAGGGAUAUAUUGAUUAAUGAAGCGGGCGAUAUGAUUAUGACAGCGAGUUCGGAUCAGACAGUUAAAGUGUGGAGUAUGACGGCUGGAAGAUGUAUGCAUACACUCACAAUGCACAAUGAUAGUGUUUGGUCACUGUUUUCUGAGGAUCCAUCGCUUGGCGUUUUUUACAGUAGCGAUCGCUCUGGAUUGGUAGCCAAAACAGACAUCAGAGGUACACUAGGAGAACUAGAUGAUGGAGUUUCGCUGGCGCUGGCACAAGAAAAUGAUGGUGUUACUAGAGUUAUUGCCUCCGGGGAGCAUAUCUGGACUGCAACGUCAAGUUCCUCCAUUAAUCGCUGGGCAGAUGUCGAUACUGGAUCAGAUAUUCAGUUACCAGAAGCCUUUCAGCGUCAUCGCGCUACUAGCUCUGCGUCAAAACCUAGGGCUGCUUCACCUCCUGUCACCCGUGGGCAACCUAAGAAAGAGAUUCCUCUAAAAUCCAUUUUGAGGAUUUCAAAUACGGCAAGCUUUCCGGCGCCAGCCGUAAGAGAUUCGGAUUCUGUCAACAAUUUCUCGGUAGUGAAUGGUGGAGGGAAAACAUCCGAGCCAAUUGUGGAUCAGGAUUUGGGAGUGAUUGUUCCAAUUCAUACAUUACCCGAGGAAACUAUCGAGGGGCAACAUGGUCUAGUGAAGCACAAACUUUUGAAUGAUCGUAGGAGGGUUUUGACUUUAGAUACUGCUGGAGAUGUGCUAUUAUGGGAUCUUCUCAAAUGCAUGCCUAUCAAAUCUUUCGGAAAAUGUCAUCUCGAGGAUGUAGAGCCGGAAGUGAAUACAAUGGAAGCCGUGGCGCCUUGGUGUUCACUGGACACUAGAACUGGUCGAUUGGCUGUUGUUUUAGAGGAGUAUAACUGUUUCGAUGCGGAGAUGUAUGCGGAUGAACUAGAACUGAAAGAUGAUGUUGAGUUCAGAGAAGAUCAAAGAAUAAACCUCGGGAAGUGGAUAUUACGAUAUAUUUUCUCUAGACUGGUUGAUGAGCAGAUUAAGAAGGAUGAAGCCUUCCGCGCUGAGCUUAACGAAAGCGUCAAGGCAAGGCGAGAAGCCAGCCCUCCAAUCUCAAUCAUUAUACCCAGUGCUUCUGUAACCGCUUGGGAUCAGCAAGGUACCUUGACUCCGCGAGCAACUGGCGCAUCUUAUCCUGCCAUGACCCCUGGAAUGGGUAUUGGUGUUGCCACUCCUGGGCUUGGGAGUCAUCUACCUUCUGUGUCCGAAGAUGGCGGGCCAUUGGAUAAAAGAGGAUCACAAGCAAGCCGGAGCUCAGCGGACAAGCCAGACUAUUUCGGAAGCUCGGCAAUCACAAAUGAUCCUCCUAAACAACCAGUUGUGACGACGAGCGACAGUCAAGAGGCUAAAUCUCCAGCGGUAGAUGCAGAAAAGGAGAGCAAUGGUAAAGAUAGCAGUAAAUCAUUCGGCAUGAAGUUCCGUAAAGGAAUGUCAUUCGGGACGAAGAAACUUGGCCGUUCAUCUUCCACUACCAUGGAUAAACCGGUCGUACUAGACGACAACAAAGAUAAAGCCACAGACGAAGGGUCAGAGUCUUCGGAAGCGGGUGAUAAACCUCCUGCCGAGAAAGAAGUCGAAGAUAAUUUCAAUGGUACGAUACAGAAGAUUCGAAACGAAUACGAUAGAUUACUCGUGGAGAAUCCGGCUCAAGAAGUUGAAACUGGUAUUACGCCUAGUUUGCCACCUGAGACGCCAGUGCUAAAGAUUCCUGGUGGCACAACAGUUAUCAUCCAAGAAGAAACAAGUGGUGGUGUUAAGGAUCUGUAUAGAGGCAGUGUAGAGACGGUGGGCGAAGAUGCUGAUCUUAUUGCCGAAAAGGCUCCAAUGUGGUUGGGCGAACUACUCCUAAAGAACAAAAUCCCACUCAAAGAUCCUGUCAAAGUCUCAUUCAUUCUUCAACCCUACCAAGAUCUUCUCCCCUCUAUCGCAGGCCCUGAUGGUAAUGCGAGACUCAAUGCAAAUCGCAUGUUGAGAGUUAAAAAAAUUCUGGCUUAUGUGGCGGAGAGAAUCGAGCCGGCAAGUGAGCAGCCGAAACCUGAGGUCAUGAGGCCGGAGGAUUAUUUGGAUCUAUAUUGUUCUGAGCAGAAACUCCCCAUAACAAUGUCCCUCGCUACCCUCCGUGCACACGUCUGGAAGGGUGGCGCGGAUGUCUUGUUGUAUUACAAGAGUAAUGGAAAGAGGACUAUCAGAUCCGAAAAGCUUAUUCAGGAAAACGGGGACGGUGAGCAGAAUUCUGGGGAUGCCGGUAAUGUCAAUAGAAUCACUAGUGCUGGAAAUGGUGCUGCGACGCCGGUGACUGGAGGUGGAACUACAAGUUAUGUUGGGCCGUAG